AUGGAUACCACCACACCCACCAAUAACGGACCUGAGGAGGAGUUCAAGACGUCCCCUCCUCCUCCUCCUGUAAGGGUGGUUAAUCUCGUCCUAGACCACUUUGCAUUCGUCAGAGGCAUUGGUAACGUCAAAAGAUGGUUCAACAAGGAGUACACUGACAGCAUCCUAGAGGAUAAGAGCGAUACGAGGGUCAUCCUCAACCUCUAUAUUCCCACCUACACUCUCCAUGAAUUCGAGUUUGCCAAGAAGGGAACUACCAUCACCGCUUCCUACGCCAGAGAUGCACUCAAGCUUAUCGACCAGGUUCUUGAUCAGGAGCAGUCCGUGCCUUCUUUUGGUCCAGAGGAUGGAGAAGCUGCUCCUGAGGUACCCAAGUUCACAUACAACUUGCUUCUUGAACAGCGUAAUUCCAGCUAUCCUUACUGGGACAAAUGUCUCAAGUACCAGGUGCAACCGCCCAAGGUCAAGGACUUUCCAUAUCAUAAAACGAAGCUUGCCAAUACUGUCUUGGACGAGAAAAAGGAAGCGGAGGAGUUGGCGUCGGUGCCUCCUCGUUUGAAGCAUUUGAUCCGCUCCUGCUUUGAGUACAACAAUGGUGCUCAAUGGAAGUUGGUUACUGAAGAUGCCGUGACCAAGGUCUGGUUGACAAGCUUCGGUAUUGACUGCUUGAACGUGAAUGAGGCAGAACUUCUCAUAUUCAAGUCUGAGGAUGUCACUGGGUUCAAUCUUCAGGCACCAGGGGAGAACUUCAACUCGCAAAAAGACAGAUAUGACACUGUCGAUCGGGGCAUCUUGCAUCAGUGGGUUGACACUACAAAAUAUGAAUAUCUGAGUGUUGGUGGUGAUAGACGCAGAAAACCAAAAGAUAAAAAGGCUAACGGCACCGAGAAUGAAAGCAAAGCUCUUGGGCCCAUUCAUCCCGAUGAGGUGAAGGAGGAGAAGUUCCACCAGAUCAAUUACGCUCCUCGCACCAGACCAGUUGGACGUAAGCUAUACGUGCCAAAAAAGUGA